AUGCUUGGGUUGAGGGUGCUGGCUCUGAGUCUCCAUGGGAGCUCCCCAGCCCUGAGUAUUUCCCUAUGUGUCCUCCAGGUGAAGAGCGAGGGACCCAAGCUGGUGCCCUUCUUCAAAGCCACAUGUGUGUAUUUUGUGCUCUGGCUGCCCUCAUCCAGCCCGUCAUGGUUCAACGCCCUCAUCAAGUGCCUGCCCAUCUUCUGCCUUUGGCUCUUCCUUCUGGCCCAUGGCCUAGGAUUCCUGCUGGCCCACCCCAGUGCCAUGCGCAUCUUUGUGGGGCUCGUCUUCUCUGCUCUGGGUGAUGCCUUCCUCAUCUGGCAGGAUCAGGGCUACUUUGUACAUGGUCUGCUGAUGUUUGCUGUGACCCACAUGUUCUACGCCUCGGCCUUUGGCAUGAGGCCACUGGCCCUGCGGACAGGACUGGUGAUGGCAGUGCUGGCAGGCCUGUGCUAUGCCCUCCUCUACCCGGGCCUUUCAGGUGCCUUCACCUACCUGGUGGGGGUCUAUGUGGCCCUUAUCAGCUUCAUGGGCUGGCGAGCUAUGGCAGGGCUACGACUGGUUGGGGCAGCCUGGCGCUGGACUGAGCUGGCGGCUAGCAGUGGUGCAUUGCUCUUUAUGGUCUCAGACAUGACCAUCGCCUUUGACAAGUUCCGCUUCCCUGUGCCCUACUCCCGGGCACUCAUCAUGUCCACCUACUACGCCGCCCAGAUGCUCAUCGCCCUGUCUGCUGUUGAGAGCCGGGAGCCAGUGGAAGACUAUGAACUGAGGAAGGCCAACUGAAAGGCUGGGGUAUGGUCACCCCUCUCUCCUCCUGGGACUGGAAUUCAGGACCUGGGAAACUGCAGGACCUGGAUCAGGAUGGCUGCAGUGCCAGCCUGGGGCAGCGGGUACCACCUGGCAAGUUUGAAGAGGUGAGCAGGAAAAGGAUCUCCCUAGCAAAACUAAUGGUCCAGGAUAAUGCUGAGAGCUAAAAAGAGCCAACCUAGUGCCCCUUGCUGGACUGUCAAAGCCCCCUGAGGGUGAUGGUGCUGUUUCUUAACUGCCCCCCAUCCCUACUAAGGGGGAGGACUCUAACUCCAUGUCUUAUGCCCAGGAAUGGUGAUCCCACCCUCUCUGAUCUGCGCAGAGUUGAGGGAAAGGGGAGAAAUCUGUGCUGAGAUGACCCAGGCCCAGGGCUUGAAGCCCUUUUCUCAGGCCCCUAGUUGGGAAGAUUGGAUGAGGGUGGAAUCUCCCUUUCUCUCAUCUAUCCUUGUUACUUGAACAAUCUCAAUCUCUAAGGGGUGAGUGGGAAGGUAAAGGGGUGUCUGUUCAGGGUAGGCAGGAGAGGAGACUGCCUUGGCCAGAAAAGUUGGAGUACCAAGGAUUCAGGUUGGUCCCACCUCUCUCACAGGCCAGCCUAGAGCUCAGGCCUCACACCGCCAUCCUCAGACCCCAUCCCUGAGGCUAGGGUAAAC